GAUUAUCUUUGACAAAUAUAUUAUUGCGAAUAUAAUGGCUGACGAUCCGGAUAACUCUGCCCCAUCUGAACCAGAGAAGAUGUUCACCCUCAAAAGGUGGAAUUGUGUAUGUUUUUGGAAUUGGGAUGUGGAAUGCGAUGUCUGUGCCAUUUGUAGGGUUCAAGUAAUGGAUUCUUGUCUUCGAUGUCAGGCGGACAACAAGCGUGAUGUUAUGGGUCGGCAGGAUUGCGUUGUGGUAUGGGGCGAGUGCAACCACUCCUUCCAUCAUUGCUGCAUGAGCCUGUGGGUGAAGCAAAAUAAUCGAUGCCCUCUCUGCCAACAAGAAUGGUCCAUCCAGCGCAUGGGCAAGUGAGCCCUUCUAGCACACUCAUGUCAUUUAGUUUAAAAUUAAAUAAAGAACA